CCUAAGACCGCUUGCGAGCUGCAACUUGAACGACCGGGGCCAUUGACUCCGCUCUGAGUUGCCCCUUCGAGAUGCCACAUGCACGGUGAGCUGCAUGAACAUUUAGGGAGUCCGGACGAGCAUGAAGGACUGGCGCCGCUCGCCCGAGCCGCCGUCCAUGAUGGGCGGCGGGUGGACGCGCCAAGACGAGCAGCCGCCCGACGCGACCGUCCAACUCGUGGACUCAGACGUCCCGGCUCGGCCUCCCGAUAGUGGUGCGACUGAGGCACCUGAAAGUGCAUCGGCCAUUGCCAUUGGUGAAUUUUUACGAGCGAAGAAAAAGACGCCGCCCGAGUCGCUGCAAAGCCUGUGUAAGCGAAUUUUGUUCAGAAAUGUGGCAAAUGUGGUCGACCUUGGCACCAUGCCGUUCCGCCUGGCGAAAGACAUGCUGGAGCAGAUGAAACCCAUGCAACUCAUGGACAUGGAACAAAAGAGUCCUCAUUUCAUGCCGAAGACAGAAUAUAUCUGGAGGCGGCAUGUUCUGCAAGAAUUCCCAAAAGUGCGAAAAGCCGUUGAAGCUGGCGACUUUGACAAGCCAGAUGGCUGGCGCGCGCUGUACUUCGAAAAAGUGGCAGACCGCGAAGAAUUUCUGGCGGAGAUUGGCUCACGCACCAAGGAACGCUACGCGACUUUGAGUGCCCAGAAGCAAGCCAUCCGGGCCGUCAUCACAGACCAGCUGGUUGGCAAGAUUUUUGCACGACGACAACCAAACGCGCCGCUGACCCAGACGAAGGGCUCCAAAUUGAUUAAUCGUGCCAGAGGUAUGACGAUAAAGGCCCCUAAAAAUGCGUCAAAGCGUGUCGUGCUGUCCACGAGCCCGACGGCACCUGCUACCUUCAUGGAAAAAUGGGUGGCCGAGGCCGAAUCCGCCUCGAGAACGGCAGCUCGGCGUAAGAACGGACCCAUUCCUGGCGCGUAUGCAACCAUACCUUCUCCGCCAUCUUCAUCGUCAGUCCCACCUUCCAGACCUCCAACAGCGACACCCGCUCAUAGACCGCCACAGAGCAAUGCAAAAACCAUGUCAUCACCUCCCCUGGCUGCCACUGGAGAUUCAUCCCCCACUUCUCUAAUACGAUCGUCGGUCGAGGGAAUGACGUUCCGUCUGAGGACGCAACCAGGGGGAGGACCAAUCAACUUCUUCGGUGGCGGCUCCUCACUAGGCGGCGGGUCGACAUUCAAGCGGAGCUCGCAACCCAAGUCAAUUGCGAGCGUUGUCACCGUGACCAAAAGGCGCGCCCCUGACGUUGUGAAGGAAGGGCAGCCGAGGAGCAAUCCAGCCUCGCCGUCACCCGGAACGCAAGGCGUCACCGAUGCUGAGUGGCCUUCCGGUGCGGAAUCUCCUUCGCCUGUGAACAUGAGCGGAGCUCAGUCACCUCGAAGCGUGCGAGAGAAGAUGCAAUCGAUUGACCUUUUCUCGAGCGGCAGCUCAUCAUUCCGACGACGUCCGGACAAGCGAAGACGACUAGAGCCAUGUGCCAGCGUGGUGACAUUGACGAACAAGCGGGUUCUGUCGGUCUCUGAGGGAGUUGGAACGAGUGGUGGCCAAAGCAAAAGGAUGAUUGUUGAAGAAAUUUCGCCGCGAGCCGACGCUGUGCAAGGGGACUACGGGUCACAGGAGGGUUCUUCUAUGGAUCAAAUGCGACCGAGUGCGCCAUCCGCUACCUCUGUCACAUCAGCUCCACAGCUCAGGUCGCUGGGUUCCCUCAAAGCACGGCUGAUACCGGUAUCCAACGAUAGCUCAAGCAUGGCGCCUACUCACGGCACGUCCGGAGGCAUACCCGCAGCAGCAUCCACAUCAGAUUCUCUGCAUCGAUCACCAAAAGUGACAUCUGAGCCAGCCAUUCCCACCGCGUCGCCGUCUCUUCAUCAGCAGCAUAGCAAGCAAGCAUCGCAUGGCCACACCGGCCAUCAUCGUCCCGCUCGCUCCAUCUUCAUGCCGAGCUCUUCCGUCACAUCGCAGAUACCCAAAGAGUUACUUCGGGUCAAGCAGUGACCUUGCCGGUCCGCAAGCUCCGAAUUGCGCUUUGUCACAAGCAACACAUGCCCCCAGCAUGCCUUGCGUACUUGUUGUAUUUUCCUCCAUAAUCCUUACUCGCAUGCU